AUGUCAAACAAAAAUGAUGCAUUAAAGAGAAAAAGAACAAGUACACAAAAAACAUAUGAAAAAUGGACAGAUUAUGAAGAGGAUUUAGAAGAGAGUGAAUUGAAUACAAAGACAAGAGACCCCAAUUCAAUAGGAACCAAUGGUACUGGAAACAUACCACAGAUUGGGGUUGGAGAACCAAAGGGAGCAUUCAAAGACUAUUCAAAGAGAUGUCAGAUCAAAGACAACAUUGCAUCCAAACCUAUUUGGGUGUGUCCCGAUGGUAGAAUCUUUCUCGAAACCUUUUCACCAAUCUAUAAAGAGGCUAGUGACUUUUUAGUGGCUAUUGCAGAACCAGUGUGUCGUCCUCAAUUGAUUCACGAAUAUCAAAUGACACCCUUUUCACUGUAUGCGGCUGUAUCGGUUGGUAUCGAUACAACACACAUUAUAAAGGUACUCAAUACAUUGUCAAAGAUGGAAGUACCACCUGAAAUAGAAUCAUUUGUUCGUCAAUGUACAAGUAGUUAUGGCAAGGUAAAGUUGGUGCUACAAAGAAACAAAUACUUUGUUGAAAGUGCACAUCCAGAGGUAUUGGAGUUUUUGCUAAGGGAUUCGGUUAUUGCAUCGGCUCGUAUCAAGCAGACGGUUGCUGAUGUGUUGGCAGACCAACAACUAAUGUUGGACGGCGGACCAAACGCAGCGACCGACGCACCACCAUCACUCGACACUGCGACUGGAUUUCUCGUCGGCAAGACAAUGGCUGGUCAAAUCUCUGGUGGUAUUCAACCAAACCAAUUGUUUGACAAGGUGUUGUUGGGUGAUGAAGAGGAUACAGUAAACAACUCGGAUCAACAAUACCACUCGUUUGAAAUCGAUUCGCAGCAAGUUGAAGCAGUCAAAAAGCGUUGCAUCCAACUCGAUUAUCCAAUGUUGGAAGAAUACGACUUUAGAAACGAUACUGUCAACCCAAACCUACCCAUCGAUCUCAAACCAACCACUAUGAUUCGUCCGUACCAGGAAAAGAGUCUUUCCAAGAUGUUUGGAAAUGGUCGUGCAAGAUCUGGUAUUAUCGUGCUUCCAUGUGGUGCUGGAAAGUCGCUGUCUGGUAUCACGGCAGCUUGUACUGUCAAAAAGAGUAUUCUCGUGCUCUGCACAUCGGCAGUGUCUGUCGAACAGUGGAAAUUCCAGUUUAGACUAUGGAGUAAUAUAGAAGAAAAGAUGAUCUCCAAGUUUACAUCAGACAACAAGGAAAAGAUGUAUUCUAUGGCCGGUGUGACUAUUACAACCUAUACAAUGAUUGCAUUUGGUGGAAAACGUAGUCCGGAGAGUCUCAAGAUUAUGAACGAGUUGACUACACGUGAAUGGGGUCUAGUAUUGUUGGACGAGGUGCAUGUCGUGCCAGCUGCCAUGUUUAGAAAGGUUCUAACCGUCACUAAAGCACAUUGCAAGCUUGGAUUGACUGCUACACUCCUCAGAGAAGAUGAAAAGAUUCAAGAUCUCAGUUUCCUCAUUGGUCCAAAACUGUAUGAGGCCAAUUGGCUCGACCUCCAAAAGGCAGGGUUUCUUGCCAACGUCUCGUGCUCAGAGAUUUGGUGUGAAAUGACAGCCGAGUUUUACCGCGAGUAUCUAACCAACGACUCGCAGGGUAAAAAGAAGUUGCUCUACACUAUGAACCCCAACAAGUGUCGUGCGUGCGAGUAUCUCAUUCGCUACCACGAACAACGUGGCGACAAGAUCAUUGUCUUUUCCGAUAACGUCUAUGCACUCAAAAAGUACGCUAUCGAGUUUAAACGAUACUUUAUCUAUGGUGAAACAUCUGGUCAGGAACGUCUAUCUAUCUUGCGAAAGUUCCAGUUUGACCCAUCGGUCCGUACCAUCUUUAUCUCCAAGGUUGGUGACACGUCAAUCGAUAUUCCAGAGGCUACAGUCAUUAUCCAAAUCUCUAGUCACUAUGGAAGUCGUCGUCAAGAGGCUCAACGUCUUGGUCGUAUCCUCCGUCCAAAGCCAAAGUCUGAUGGCAACUACAAUGCCUUUUUCUACUCUCUUGUCUCAAAGGAUACACAGGAAAUGUACUAUAGUACAAAGAGACAACAGUUCUUGAUUGAUCAGGGAUACAGUUUCAAGGUCAUCUCUGAACUACCAGGUCUCGACCUAGAGACCGAUCUCCACUUUUCAUCAAAAGAGGCUCAACUCGGUCUUCUCAAUGAAGUGCUCAAAGAAGGUGACGACAGUGGUCGUGCUGAAACUUUGGAUGAAGAUUUCGAUGAUAUCACAACUGGAAAGAUUAAAAAGAAGAAAAAGACUACUACCGUCACUCGUACCACCGGUAGUAUGAAAACUUUAUCAGGUGGUUCAACCAAUACUUCUUAUAUGGAAUUUCAAAAAAAUCAACAACAACAACAAAAUGCUCCUUCAAAUAUGUAUCGUGUAACUAAUCAUACUAAAUAUAAAUAA